AUGAAUAUCCAGGGGAAAGGCUUCCCCUUGGACCUCGGAGGAAGCUUCACUGAAGAUGCUCCUAGGCCACCGGUCCCUGGUGAGGAGGGGGAACUCGUGUCCACGGAUCCGAGGCCAGUUAGUCACAGUUUCUACUCCGGAAAAAGCGAUGCGGUUAGAAAUGAGACUUCCACGGCAACACCGAGGCGCUCCGAUUUGGAUUUGGGGUACGAGCCCGAGGGGAGUGCUUCGCCAACUCCACCCUACCUGAAGUGGGCCGAGUCGCUGCACUCCUUGCUGGAUGAUCAAGAUGGUAUAAACCUCUUCAGGACUUUCCUGAAACAGGAGGACUGCGCGGAUCUGCUGGACUUCUGGUUUGCCUGCAGUGGCUUCAGGAAGCUGGAGCCGUGCGCGUCUAACGAGGAAAAAAGACUCAAGCUGGCGAAAGCCAUUUACAAAAAAUACAUCCUCGACAACAACGGCAUUGUGUCCCGGCAGAUCAAACCAGCCACAAAAAGCUUCAUCAAAGACUGCGUCAUGAAACUGCAGAUUGACCCCGACAUGUUUGACCAGGCCCAAACGGAGAUUCAGUGCAUGAUAGAAGACAAUACCUACCCUUUGUUCCUUAAGUCGGAUAUUUAUUUGGAAUACACGAGGACAGGUGGGGAAAGUCCAAAAAUUUACAGUGAUCCGAGCUCAGGGUCCGGGACAGGUAAAGGGCUGCCCGGUUAUCUGCCGACUCUGAACGAGGACGAGGAGUGGAAGUGUGACCAAGAGGCCGAGCCCGAGGCCAGCAGGGACUCGGCGCCUUCCAGCAGGCUCACGCAGAAGUUGCUUCUGGAGACGGCCACCCCGCGAGAAUCAACAAAUAGAAAUUAUUCUAUUAGCAGGGGCAAAGUUCACAGGCAUGGGUCAUGGAGAGAGCCUGUUAACCCUUACUAUGUCAACACGGGCUAUGCUUUGGCACCAGCGACCAGUGCCAAUGACAGUGAGCAGCAGAGCAUGUCCAGUGAUGCCGAUACGAUGUCGCUGACGGACAGCAGCGUAGAUGGGAUCCCGCCGUACCGACUCCGAAAGCAGCAUCGCAGAGAGAUGCAAGAAAGUGCCAAAGCAAAUGGACGUGUGCCACUACCUCACAUUCCUCGUACAUACCGAAUGCCAAAGGAUAUCCACGUCGAACCAGAGAAGUUUGCUGCAGAACUGAUCAAUCGUUUGGAGGAAGUACAAAAGGAACGUGAAGCAGAGGAGAAAUUAGAGGAGCGCCUUAAACGCGUUCGAGCGGAGGAAGAAGGUGAGGAUGCAGAUAUCUCUUCUGGUCCCUCGGUCAUUAGCCACAAGAUGCCUUCCGCUCAAGCCUUUCAUCACUUUGCUCCUCGUUACGCUGAGAUGGGCUGUGCUGGGAUGCAGAUGAGAGAUGCCCAUGAAGAAAACCCAGAAAGCAUCCUCGAUGAACAUGUACAGCGUGUGAUGAAAACCCCAGGCUGCCAGUCUCCAGGACCUGGCCGCCACUCUCCUAAGCCACGGUCCCCGGAAAGCGGCCACUUAGGAAAGCUGUCAGGGACACUAGGAACGAUUCCUCCAGGGCAUGGCAAGCACGCAACAAAAUCAGGAAUGAAACUGGAUGCAUCUAACUUAUACCACCAUAAACACAUCUACCACCACAUCCAUCACCACAGCGUGAUGAAACCAAAAGAGCAGAUCGAGGCCGAGGCCACGCAGCGAGUGCAGAACAGCUUUGCUUGGAAUGUAGAUUCACAUAACUAUGCAACAAAGUCACGAAACUACACUGAAAACUUGGGCAUGGCGCCUGUCCCCAUGGACUCUUUAGGCUACAGUGGGAAAGCGAGUCUGCUCUCAAAAAGAAAUGUUAAGAAGACCGAUUCAGGGAAAAGUGAUGGUGCCAACUAUGAGAUGCCAGGAUCUCCUGAAGACGUGGAGAGAAACCAGAAGAUCCUUCAGUGGAUCAUAGAAGGAGAGAAGGAGAUCAGCAGGCAUAAGAAAACAAACCAUGGCUCUUCAGGUGCUAAGAAGCAGCUGUCCCAUGAUAUGGUCCGGCCGCUCUCCAUUGAGCGACCUGUUGCGGUGCAUCCGUGGGUCAGUGCCCAGCUCCGGAACGUCGUCCAGCCUUCUCACCCCUUCAUCCAAGAUCCUACCAUGCCGCCCAAUCCAGCCCCCAACCCUCUCACCCAGCUGGAAGAAGCUCGCAGGAGGUUGGAGGAGGAAGAAAAAAGGGCUGGAAAACUCCCCCUUAAACAAAGGUUGAAGCCCCAGAAGAGACCAGGCAGCGGCGCGUCCCAGCCCUGCGAGAACAUCGUGGUCGCUUACUACUUCUGCGGAGAGCCGAUCCCUUACCGCACCCUCGUCAAAGGGCGCGUGGUGACACUGGGACAGUUCAAGGAGCUGCUGACCAAGAAAGGGAACUACAGGUAUUACUUCAAGAAAGUGAGUGACGAGUUCGACUGCGGUGUGGUCUUUGAGGAGGUGCGAGAGGAUGACACCAUCCUGCCCAUCUUUGAAGAGAAGAUCAUCGGGAAGGUGGAAAAGAUCGACUGAGCUCCAGGGGCUGCUGAGGCGUGAGGACAGGACUGUGAAAGACUCUGGGACCGGAGGAGAGGGCCUGGGGCGAACGCUGGCGGUGCCACUGCCACGGGCGGAGGGCAGC